AUGUAUCCAUUCCCAUUCGUAUGUACGUACGUAAACGUAUGGAACACGAGCAGCAUGGACAUGCUCUGUUCGUCAUCUUCACUAUCGCCAGUCUCGGGUUGGGCCCUGUCACUCUCUGUGUAACUCGAAAUCUUACGCAAGUUUUGUGUGUAUGCCUCCACGGGAGAGGGUGAGUCUGAGCAUGGUGAAUGAGUGUCGAAGAUUUUACUUGUCUUAUGAAGUAGCUGCAAACACUUGGCUCCAUUUUUUGCUGCUUGCCUUUAAUUGCUCUGUCGCAAGACCAUGGUUCAAAAGUAUUCACGUUGGCUCGGCGGGUGUCUGCCUCGGUCGACAUACGUCGAAGAUCAACUUCCACCUUCUCGUGCUCUGUUGAUUUGUACUUGUCUUUUAAAAACCUGACCAAAAAGUCCUGCAGUCGAGCUUUGCAGUCUUUAUCGCCACAUUUGGCCUUCAA